GUGGGCGCUGAGCCGAGGCAAAAGGGCUGCCCCAGACGACACGAUGCCCAAGCAGGCGCGCGUCUUAGUGGUGGGAGGCGGCGUCGCCGCGGCGCACGUCGCCCAAGCACUUUGUGAGAGGGCCGAGGAGCUGCCCGAGACGGACAAAGCACUGUGUACCAUCCUGAGCGCCUACCCAGCAGGUAUCAGCCCGUACGACAGAUCUAGAAUCUCGAAGGACGCGCUGGACUGUACCCGGUUAGAUGCGACGAGCUUCCCUUCCUUAGAACUGCCGGACGGCGUCGCGCUGUGGAGCGGCAAGGUCGUCACGAAGUGCGAUCCCGACGCUAAGAAAGUUACGUACCGCGAUGCCAUCACGGGUGAUGAAGAUGAAAUCACGUAUGAGAAGCUCAUUAUCGCGACGGGGGCGCGGGCCAAGGUGUUAGAUGAUCAACCUUACUUGUGGCAAGACAAGCACUCGGACGUCGUGGACAAUGGUUCAAUCGAGGAAGGAGGAGAAGAUAUUGCGUGUGCCCCGGCCCCCGCGCCCGCCGGCGCCCCCGAAGCGACGGCGCCGGCCCCCAGAAUUAGACCGUGGUGUCUCCAAGCCGACAAGAACUGCGGUUUUGGCUCGGUCCACUACCUGAGGGACAUCGGCGACGCGGCCAAGGUCUCGGAAGCCGUCUCCAUGAAAGAAGCGGACGGCCAGGAGACGUGUUCCGAUCCCGUGGUCAUUGUGGGUGGGGGUAUCCUCACGAUGGAGUUGGCGGCCAAGAUCGCGCGGUUCCGAGGGCAAAAAGUGCCGGUCACCGUCGUACUCUCGAGAGAUCGCAUCAUGCCCAAAGUGUUUAGGGAGGACAUUGCUCCGGAGGCCGGCUCGUUAGGCGCGAAGGACGUCGCGGAGUUUUAUGAGAGGCAACUCGUGAAGUGUGGCGUGAAGUUUAUCAGGGAGCACCGCUGCCUACGGUUGUGGGACGUUGAUGAAAGUGGCGAGUUUCCCACGAUGGAGGGGCCGGCCAUUUCUCUACAACGAACGAGACCUCGACGCUUUGAACCUUUACAGGGGGAGUACUUCUCGACUUGUAGGGGCAUCGUGGUGGAGAACAACCAUAGUGCUGAACGAAGUUGGAUCGCGGCGAAAUGUGUGAUUCUAUGUCUCGGCGAUGAGCCCAACUCCCAGGUGUUCUCAUUCUUAGAUCUGGCUGAUGAUUCUUCAAUCAAAGUAGAUGCUACUUGUAGAACUUCGCAUUCCUCAGGCGACGUCUUCGCGGUCGGCGACGUCGCCUCGUAUCCUUUACCUCGCAGUAAAGAGAGAUGCAUGAGACUGCCCCACUACCAGCAGGCUUUCAGUACUGCAGUGUAUGUAGCCCACCAAUGCAUUGACGCGAUGAAGCAGCCCUCGCGGCCCGGAACCAGAGAUUCCAGAAGAAGUAUUGGCGGGGACCCGUUUGACCCCGUGCCUUGUAUUACCUCCCAAGUCCUCGACUUGGACUGGGUCUUCUACGGGAGGAAUGUUGGAGAAUGCGUCCCGCUCGGGUUUGAUGGCAAUUCCGACCGAUACUUCGGGUGCUUCUGGGUCGAGGACAUGCGAGUUGUCGGGUGUUUUUUGGAGGGUGGCUCGGACGAGGAGAAGACCAUAUGCGAGAAAAUCGCGGAGAUGCGACCGCGGCUCACGCGCAUGCACAAGUUCCGCAGUCUCGAGUGCGAGGACUUUUUAGCGGAUCCGCUCGGCAUGGAGCCGCCGGAGCUCGGGCCCGGCGAGUUCAACGCCGAGCUGGACGCGAAAUACAUCGCGAUCGCGUUCGACAAGUACGGGCGCGACGGCCAGGCCAAGACCCAAGCCAUGGGCGACCUGAUGCGGGACCUGGGCGCGGACUGGGACGCCGAGGAGGAGAAGGAAGCUUUAAGGGCGCUGGACCCGCUCGGGUCGAACCAGGUGUCGCUCGAGUGCUUCACGGAGUGGUGGCUGAACUAAGUACGAGUACCC